CCCGUCUCUCACCCCUGCAGUAUGAUGAGUACCGAGUGCACCUCCGUCGAACAAUAAAACUGUUGAGCAUUGCUGUAUGCUGAACGGGCAGUAAUGGUUGUAUCAAUGAUGCGUGGCUUGCUUCCUGCACCCUCCAGUCGCUGGAUCCCGAGCUGGGACUGCACCACCAGGAGAACAGGCAAAGCAUGGCAGGAUUCUCCUCUACGCAAUGGCUCUCAAAGAGGUCAUUGACAUCCGCAGAACAGGCAGCCGUCAAGUCAAACUUGCCAACGUGAUAAAGCUGCAAAGAGGCGCGGGUGGAGGCCAUGGACAAAGGACAUGCUGCGCCUUUGACCUCGGUGGUGACCCUUGACAACUCUGCCUCACCUUCACAAUCAGAACGAGCAAACAGGAACCUGCAGCCUCUCUAUUUAAGAUGGGAUUGUCCCUCUUCAAAUUUCGUUCCACCUUCACCCUCAGCCGCACCAGCUCCUGACUAGACUUUGCUACUACCUUCAGCGACGACGAACCCUUCAAGAUGGCACAAAUCGGCCUUCAGACCGCCGAGCAUGAAGAGAUUCUGAACCUCAUCGACACUUUACGAUUCCAGGGGAUCAGUCGCUACGUUGACUUGCCUCAGGUCAUUGUCUGCGGCGACCAAAGCUCGGGUAAAUCCAGUGUGCUGGAAGCAAUCUCGGGCCUCCGCUUUCCCACGAAAGACAACCUCUGUACCCGGUUCGCGACGGAACUCAUCCUUCGACGGGGCCCUGUUCCCAAAGUUGUUGUCACUAUCAUUCCAAGUGCCGAUCGUACAGAGCAAGAUGCUGAACGCCUCUCAAACUUCUCUCCUCCUUCGACUUCGAUUGCCGACUUUGCGGAAAUCGUCAAAUCCGCGGAGAAAGAUAUGGGGUUAGACAAUGACUACACCGUCUUCGCAAAGGAUAUUCUCAGAGUCGAACUUUGUGGUCCGCAUCAGCCAAACUUGACCCUUGUUGACCUUCCCGGCAUCUUCUGGGCUGGUAACCGUGCCCAGUCAGACAAUGACGCUGAACUAGUGCAAUCCUUGGUCAAGUCCUACAUGCAGAGUAAGAGAAGCAUCAUCUUGGCAGUCGUUUCAGCGAAAAACGAUUUGGCAAAUCAAAUCAUCACCAAGCUCGCGCGUGAGAUCGACCCCAAGGGCCAGCGAACCCUGGGUAUUAUCACCAAGCCAGAUCUGCUGUUUGCCGGGUCUGACAGUGAGGCUGCCUUUGUGGAGUUGGCGAAAAACGAGGAUGUCUACUUCAAGCUGGGGUGGCACGUUCUCAAGAACCGUGACUACGAUACCAAAGACACGACUUCUGCGGAGCGAGAUGCUGCUGAGAAGGAAUUCUUCCAAACUCGCGUGUGGUCAUCAGCGCUGCCAAGCAGUCAACUUGGAAUUGACAACCUCCGUCCCCGGCUCAGUCGUGUCUUACUCGGUCAAAUUCUCGCUGAACUUCCCUCUCUGGUACGAGAUGUCGAGAGGGAAUUGGAUGUCUGUCAGAGCAGGUUGGGCGCGCUCGGUGCUCCCCGAGGGUCGCUGCUUGAACAACGCACUUACCUUUUCCAUGCAAGUCAGCAGUUCGUUGAUCUCACCAAGUCUUCCGUUCGUGGUACAUAUGAAGAUCCAUUCUUUGGAAGCGCAGAUACCGACAAAGGCUACAACAAACGUCUCCGUGCUAUCGUUCAACACACCCUGACUGCCUUCGCCGCGAGAAUGCGUGUUGAAGGUCACGCUCAGGAGAUCGACGACAAAGAAAAAGAUGGGCAGCCAGAGAGAAAGUCCGGUCCACAAUUCGUUUCCCGCCAGGUGUAUCUUGACACCGUCGAGGCUCGCAUGCGUCGCAACCGAGGACGUGAACUCCCUGGUCUAUUCAACCCAUCAAUUGUGGACGAGUUGUUCUUUGAUCAAUGCAGACCAUGGAAGCACCUGCUUCACGAAACAGAGGAGAGACUAGUCUCUGCAGCAAGAACAACCCUCGAGCUUGUGGUAGAGCAUAUUUCUGAUUCUGUCACUGGGGAUGGCAUUAUGAGAUUCCUCAUCCGCCCCAACUUGGAGAUCAUUGUCACCAAGUUGCAUCAAAAGGUGGAGGAGGUACUCAAGCCACACAUGAAGGGCCAUGCCAUCACCUACAAUCACUACUUCACCGAAAAUCUGCAGAAGAAGCGCCGAGACGCGGAGCGAGAAGAAAUGGCAGAGAAAAUCCGACAGUUUUUUCCAGCUUUAGAUCCCACUUCGGAGCUUCGUAAUCGGAGACUAUACCAGGGUUCUAUAGACACAGGCGCUCUUCUGGCUGCCCUACUUCAGGAUACAGAGCUCGAUAUGACCAAGUUUGCGUGCAUUGAAGCGACGAACGCCAUGGAAGCUUAUUACAAGGUUGCACUGAAGUCCGUCAUCGACUCCUUCGGGGUGUACGCGGUGGAACAAUGCCUUCUUAACGAACUACCUGAAAUCUUCAAGCCAGAAAUCGUCUUCACGUUAGAUGAUGCCAUGGUCACCAGGAUCGCGGGUGAAUCACUGGAGUCGCUUGCCGAACGGGAAAAGCUGAACAAGAAGUUGAAAGUGCUCCAAGACACCAUGACCACGUUGCGACGCUUGAGAACUUUCGGCCCAUCCACACAUGACUCGGUUUCUGAUGCCAACCCGCACCACGAAGGAGAGGAAGAUCGCAGUCUCUGAGCUCAUUGAUCGGAAUGACUGACCAUUGGUGGAGGUGGGACAGUCCCAAAUUACGAAGGUUGGAGAUAGUAUUCUUGUCAGGAAACUAUUGGAAAGGGGCGCAUGAUCUGAUAGAAACUGUCUCGAUGACAAGGUUGAGACACCCGGAAUGUUUUUUGCGUGUUGGUUUUAUGAGGGUACGCUCAGCCAAAGGAAGCACCCUGGGUUCAUUCAUGAAGCUUUUCUUGCAGAUUUCAUAAAACGUUACAGAGACAAGAAGCCUCUAGGUCAUAGUGGUUAUACAGUCUUGGUCACAACAGCAGCAUUCAUGCCAAAGUUCUCUCUCAUAUCAAGCGAGACGCCAGCAGCGCU